CGCUCUCUGGGCGCUGAUUGGCCGAGCGGGCAGUUCUCGCGAGACCCGCGAGCCAGCGGCCUGGCUGAGGCGGCGGAGGGGGCCCGGGUUCGUGCGUCGGAGCCGGCAGCGCGGCGCGCUCGUAAGAGUCCAGGAUGAGUUAUGCAGAAAAACCUGAUGAAAUCACAAAAGAUGAAUGGAUGGAAAAACUUAAUAACUUGCAUAUUCAGAGAGCAGACAUGAACCGCCUUAUCAUGAACUACCUUGUUACAGAGGGCUUUAAAGAGGCGGCAGAGAAAUUUCGAAUGGAGUCUGGAAUUGAACCCAGUGUUGAUCUGGAGACUCUGGAUGAAAGAAUAAAAAUUCGAGAAAUGAUACUGAAAGGACAGAUUCAAGAAGCCAUUGCAUUAAUAAACAGCCUCCAUCCAGAAUUGUUAGAUACAAACAGAUAUCUUUAUUUUCAUUUGCAGCAGCAGCAUUUGAUUGAACUGAUUCGGCAGCGUGAGACAGAAGCAGCUCUGGAAUUUGCUCAGACCCAAUUAGCAGAACAAGGAGAGGAGAGCAGAGAAUGCCUGACAGAAAUGGAGCGUACGCUGGCUUUGCUCGCCUUUGAUAAUCCUGAAGAAUCACCAUUUGGAGACUUGCUUAACAUGAUGCAACGACAGAAGGUAUGGAGUGAGGUUAACCAAGCUGUCCUAGACUAUGAAAAUCGUGAAUCUACACCCAAGUUGGCAAAAUUACUGAAGCUACUACUGUGGGCUCAGAAUGAGCUGGACCAGAAGAAAGUGAAAUAUCCCAAAAUGACAGACCUCAGCAAGGGGACAAUUGAAGAACCCAAGUAAAAUGUGUGCAGAUGGACAUCAUAUAAUCUUAGUACUGCACAGUAUACAUUUAUAUCAGUCUGUGACUGAAAUAUUUUUACUACAGUACAGCACUCAAUUCAGAUUUUUUCAAUGAACAUCUAAUUUGAAGGGAGAAAAGUCCCUUUUAAAUGCUGCAAAAACUGCAUUGAAAGGCGCUGUAUCUCUUUGAAAGUCUGACUUAGGCUAUGCACUAUAAUACAUUUUUAAAAAAACAAUUAAACAGGAAAGGAAAAAUAGCAUUUUUAAAAGUACAGAACUCAAGGUUUCUAAUUGGCUACUGAUGCCUAGUUUAGUGGCCAGCGAGUUAAUAUGGAGUUAUAUUGGCAAUUAUUCAGUUAAGUUUAACUGUCUCCUGUUUGAAAUGUGUAUAUAGAACAGUGAAUAUUUUCUACCUUUAAGUUAUAGCCAGAUAUACAUUCCCCUUAAAAGUAACUGGUCAAGUUUUCAUCUAUAAACUUUGCAGUAAGGUCAACCUUUUGCCUUGGAAAUAGUGUACAAACUUGUAAAUCAUAAUUUAAGGACUUUUUUUUCCUUGUUUCUGACUUUUUGGUGCUUUAUAUGGUGAGAGCUAUGUUCAUAAUGGAUCAGUGACCCAUCUUUUUUCACAAGAAGUAUUGCUGGAAAUAAGUUUUCUCUUAGUUUUCGUGAAUGACCAAAAUGGCCCCCAGAGGCAGGUAAGGUUUUUUGUUAAAAGGGGCUUUCCCCCUUAAGUGAAGCUUGCAGCUGUAGACACUGCAGUGAUUCCAACAGGUUAGUAAAGCUUUGAAGACCACCGGGUUUUUGUAAGCUGAAAAGACGUACUUGUGUUAGGAGGUGAAGUGGGGGGGAGGUAUGCUCGUUGAAGCUUCUGAUCCAUCAUCUUGUGCGGGAUCUGCCUUUAUGCUUGCUGGAUAAGAGUCGUAGUUUUAGGGCUACUUAGGGCUAUUUUUAUGCCUUGAGCUGAGCUGUUUUUAAAAAGUGAAAUUUCCAUUUUCCCAAUUCUUCCAUACCUUUCUGAAGAGAUGCAGUUCAUCUUCACCUGUAUUACUUUGUUUACUGACUGUCCUCACUCCAGUUAGGAUUAUAGUUUUAAUGUUUUACAUGUGAAGUCCAGACUUUCAAGUCAACAAAUUGUGAUCUUCUGGGUAUGGGAUGUUCUGGUUGACUUAAUUUUGCAGCACUGUAUACUGGUGUAUCCAGUAGUAAUAAGCACUAACCUUGCCAAAUCAGUUUCUAGAUUUUUAAGCCCAUAUAUUGAGUUAUUACAGACUUGCUGAACAAAGACCAGUCUGAUGGAGGAAAUAGCUUAACAUCACGACGCACUGGCAAUUGUCAUACCAGUCCCAUACUGUACAUAAUCUAGUCUUGUAUGGUAGAUAUUACCCUGUAGAAUGAAACUUAGUUUUCACUUAAUUUUACUGGAAUACUUAUGCAUUAAACUGUAUAAAGCUUUGCAGAUACACCUGACUUAAGGAAACUAACAAAACCUGUUACUGAUUGCAUUACUGUGAACACUGUUUACUUGUGUAGCUAUUUUUUGUGGAGGAGGGAAACCAUUGUUUGUUAAGCAGCUAUUAGAGAUGCAGAGCACCAAGGUUAAGCUAGAUGAUGGAUAUAACAAAAUGAUUUUUGAUUUGUUCCCAUUUAUUACUGAUGGUUUUGUUCUACAUUUGAGGCUUUCAUGGUAUGCAGGUCUUAAAGUUCAUACAUAACCAACAAGCUAUCAGUUCCCCCCACCUACAACAGUGGUCUGGCUUUACUUCAUCCAGACUGGUUAUUCUGACACUUACCAAACUGUUAACUGUUGUGGGGUUUUUUUUUCUUUCUUUUUUUCCAGUUGGUUGCUGUCUAAGAACCAUGUAUAACUUUUAGUUUGUGAUAAACUGUAUGGUUAAAUGUAACUUUGUUUAAUAACAAACUACAGAAACAAAACUGGAAUAGCUCUAAUUUCUUCAUGUAUAACUGAUCAGCUUUUCUUCUGUUCUGACAUUUGCGUGCUGAAUCUCAUCUAAAGCUUCUCCCGGAUGAAGUGGAAAGUGGUGCGUUUUUGUGGCAUGACUAGCAUUUUUCUCCAUGAGAAAUGCAGUAUUACGGUCCUGGUUGAGAAGUUCACUGUACUUCUAGAACGCUACGUUGAUUUCAUAUAGUAUUUGGGCAAAGAUUGUGCAUAGAUUACUUGAAUUUUCACUAGCUUGUUUUUUCCAUUUAAAAAUAAACAUGUUUUUUAAGGGGUUUAAUAUGAAAUUAGUAUAGAACUAUUUCACUUUGUUUUUAUGAACAUGCCACAUUGAUAAGCAGCUUUAAUCUGUAAAGUUUUUCGUAACUGCAAGAAAAUAUUUGAAAGCUAUGCAUUUUAGAGAAAGCAUAAAGGUAGUCAUAAUGGUACUUCUAAGGAUCUUUAUAUUAGUGUAUAUAAAAUAGUUUGCAUAUACAAAUAUAAUAUAUAAUCUGUUUGAAAUAUUCUUGAAUGGUAGGGGCUGUGAAACAUAUUAUAAUUUAUGGAAAUAUUGUACACAGUAAACAGACCUCUGUCAGUACACGAAUGAACUUUUGUCAUAUGCAUGAGAAAUGUCUUAUUUGGUGACUACUAAUGAAUGGGAUUUUGCUGACCCAGUUUUGUUAGAUAACCACUUUAACAAAUAUUAUUAAAUGCCACUUUGAUCAGUU